AUGAAAACUUUACUUUUUUUGACCGCAGGAGCGUUAGCUUUGCAAUGUUCACAUCCCCUUGCCGCAGAAAAUUACUCGCAGGAGCUCAUGUCCGGCUUCUGGUACGAGCAAGCUAGAUAUCAAACUGUCGGCGGCGGGCUUUUCCAGCUUGGCUCAGUUUGCUCAGGAUUCGAUUUCAAGCCUAUCGGUUCUUCUGCGCGCGUGUCAUACACAUCAAGAAAGCAGGACCCUAUCGAAGGACGCUGGUCAAAUAUAACCGGUCGACUCGAUCCCAACGACGAAAUGGUUGAUGGAAACUUUUACCAGAGCUUCCCAUGGAACGAUCCUCCAGGAAUCAGCUGGAACGUCAUCUACCUCGAUGAAGACUGGGCAAUUGAGUACGAUUGCGAUGAACAUGAGAAUGGUAGCAUCGACUACUGCAUCCAUUUUGUUUCACGAGUUCCUGAGCCUGACAUGGAUGAGCUCGUUAGACUAAAAGAGUGGAUCGAUACAACUGAACUCAAUGCCGUUGAUCGACCUUUUGUCGAAGAGAGCCAAACUGAUUGCUGGUAA